AUGAGCGUUUCCAUUAACAUACUGCAGCAGGGCGGGUCGGCAGUAGAUGGCGCCAUUGCAGCUCUCCUCUGCACCUCUGUGGUCAACCCUCAGAGUAUGGGGAUGGGAGGAGGUUCUAUAGUCACCGUCAGAGACAAAUCUGGAAAAGUCAAAGUGUACAACUUCCAAGAGACUGUCCCACAGUCAUAUAUAAAAAAAAAACUGUUGGAGGACUGCCCCAAAACAUUCAGCUUGUCUUCAGGCACCCAGUGGAUUGGCGUGCCUGGAGAGCUGAAGGGCUAUGAGGUGCUCCACAGACACUAUGGGAGACUUCCCUGGAACAAGCUGUUUGAUCCCACAGUAAAAUUUGCCCGAGAGGGGAUACCCCUGCCCAACUACUUGGCACGCCUCCUCAGUUCACCCCUGGUUAGGCACAGAGUGGAGAAAGCAGAAUCUUUCAAACCUCUGAUCUGA